CGAUCUUUCUCCUGAAACCAAUCCGAUAGCACAGGAAUUAAGAAGCAAUAUCGAUGAAUUUAUCUAUAUGAUUGACCAACCAACUGUGACCGAGGAUGUAUUGACCAAUGAGGGCAUUAUUGAAACAGCCAUUGAGGCAUUAGAAAAGGUUAUAAGAUACCAGGAAAGUCUUGAGGCUGGAAAUAGGUUUGAUGAAAAUGGGUUAAUUAUGUUGCGAAAAAGACUCAAAGAAUGGAGAUCUGAAAAAGAAAAAGCUAAAAAACAGUCUUCACUUUUAUCUUUUUUUAGAAAUACUAGUGCUGUAUUCUAG